AUGUCGGUUUCUCUACCAGCUUCAUUCGAGAAAACCGGUGUGAUAAUAUGCGGCGGAGGGCCAACGGGAGUUCUCUUGUCCGCGAUGCUUGGGCAAAUGCGAGUACCUAACAUAGUGCUGGAACGGGAGCCCGACAUCACUACAGAUCCUCGUGGCAUCGCGCUUGACGAAGACGGCAUCCGUUUGCUUCAGGCCGUCGGCAUCUAUGGCAAGAUUUACACUGAGAUCGGCUCAUGCAUGCAAAGAUUCAACUUCGUCAGCGGAACAGGGAGCGAUCUAUACAAGAAGCCACUUACGGCUAUCGACUACAACACAAGUGAAGGUGGAACAGGUCAUGUUGGAUUCAUAUGCCACAAACAACCAGCCCUUGAAAGGGCUAUUCGUGACGUGAUAGCUACUAAUGAGUUCUCGGAGUUGCGGACACGGUCGACCAUCCUUGCAAUUGAAGAGGAUGCCAAUCACGUAUACGUGCAGUAUUCAGACGCAGACAGACACACCAGAAGACUACAGGCGCCGUUUCUGGUUGGAGCGGACGGCAAGACAGGCUUCGUUCGGAAAAAGUAUCUCGAAGCAAAGGGAGUGUAUAUGGAGCGGUGCGAAGGUACUUCUUACGAGGAGACAUGGGUGGCCCUCAAUUGGCAGAUCUCCCUACCGACGGAAAAGACCCAUCCCGAUUUUCCUCUGUGGAGACUAGGCUACUCUCCUCAAGAGGUGUACGAACUUUUCUUUCCGCAGGAAUUCCGGUUCCUGUGCAAUCCAAAUCGACCUGCUGUCUGUGGACGAUUUGGUCUCCCUGAGGAUCGAUUGUGGAGAUUCGAAUUCGUCGUCCGCAAAGAAGAAGAUGGAAACCGCAUGGCAACACUGGAGGAGACAAGCAAGGUUAUUUAUCCCUACAUCACACAUCCCGGCAGCCGGUAUGGCCUUCCCCACGCCGUUCGAUUUCCAGACGAUUGUAUCACGACACUACGAUCGCGACCAUUCUCAUUCUCAGCACGAAGCUGCAACAAAUGGGCUCUCGGUCGAGUGGCCAUCGCAGGCGAUGCCGCACAUGUUUUUCCUCCAUUCGGCGGUCAAGGUAUCGCCUCUGGCUUCCGUGAUGUCUCAGCCCUGGCAUGGCGUCUGGCUUUACUUCAACGUGAGCCCAACCUUGAUCACCAGGAGCUCUUACGCGGGUGGUACAUUGAACGGAAGCAGCAACUUGAGAGAUCCCUGGCGGCAACGAUUCAGAACGGAAAAUAUGUGACGGAAUCAAACCCUGUCAAGGUACUUUUUCGGGAUUGGUACCUCUGGGCUGUACAACUAGUGCCCAGCUGGAGGCGAGAACUUGAAAAAGGGCCUCGGGCAUUCGGCACGACUCAGUACCAGUUCAGUCAAGGACUACCGUUUCUGCCAGACAUGCUUGGCGGAAUGCAACUGGCGCAGGUUUAUGCAUGGUCCUUGGAUCGUUCUCAGCUUACCUUCAGCGACGACUUGAUCUUUCACCCGUCAAAACAGGGGUUGUUUCAGCUUCUUCUGUUGCCUGAGAACGCUGCAGAAGCCAGAACUCUGUUCGACAUGAUCCAGCACGUCACCAACGUGUCCGAAGGCCAUGUUGUGGCAGAAGAAGCGACGUGUCUGAUCCAGGACAUAUCUGUACGAUAUCCCACAAGCCCACAAGACACAAAAGUUGCUCGUCUUGCCAGUGGUGAAGAGUUUGCGGCAGAUCAGAUAUUGUGCAAGAACAGACCGCCACCGAUACAUUACGACCCUUUCCGCCUCAAAAAGCAAGUCAAGGGUAAGAAAAUUCUCAUUGUGAGACCUGAUCGGUUUUUAUAUGCGGCCUGUUCAAGCCAGGCCGAACUUCUCGAGGCCUUGAGAAGAUUGUUAUCGACUCUGAGUGUGCAAUGA